AUGGCUCUGGCGCCGCCACCGCCGAUCUCAUGCUGUCGCCACCAACGCCAUCGACAGCCCCAUUUUCAGACCGUCAUUUUCCGUCCAAAAACCAACAAAGGCACGUUUGCAACUACCUCUCUUCCAAAAUCGGUAGGCUCGCUUUGCACUCCAACACCUGAUGAAGGUUCUAUAACUAUAACACACCUUUUAGAGAAUCGGAUUAAGAAUCCAUUAACACUGUCCGAAGAAAUUGCGCAACUGUCCGAAUCCAAAACCUUGUCGGAAGUCUUACCUACAUUUCAAGAUUACCUAAACAGUGGCUUUUACCACUCGUCUGAAAAAGCCGAGGCCUUAGGCGUACUCUUACAGGCCUGUGGUAACCAAAAGGACAUUGAAACGGGCCGUAAGGUUCACGAGAUGGUUUGUUCAUUGACCCAAUUCAAAGAUGACUUUGUACUCUGUACGCGGCUCAUCACAAUGUACUCUAUGUGUGGGUAUCCUUCUGCGGCUCGCGCCGUUUUUGAUCAGCUGCGAACCAAAAACCUAUACCAAUGGAAUGCUCUUAUGAGUGGAUACACAAAGAAUGAACUUUGGUUUGAUGUUAUUUUUUUGUUUAUUGAGCUGAUCACUUCAUCCCAGGAUAGGCCCGAUAAUUUCACGUUUCCUUGUGUUAUUAAGGCUUGUGGAGGGCUUGUUGAUGUUGGUUUAGGGGAAGCCAUUCAUGGGAUGGCAUCAAAAAUGGGUUUAGUUAGGGAUGUAUUUGUAAGUAAUGCGCUAAUUGCUAUGUAUGGGAAAUUUGGUCUUAUUGAAGAAGCUAUGAAAGUGUUUGAUCAUAUGCCUGAGCGGAACUUGGUUUCAUGGAAUUCAGUGAUUUCUGGGUUCUCUUCAAAUGGGUAUAUUGAACAAAGUUUUGAUCUUUUCAGAAAUAUACUUACAGGAAAUGAAGUUCUUGUUCCAGACGCAACUACCAUGGUUAUUAUGCUGCCAAUAUGUGCAGCAGAAGAGGAAGUGGAGUUGGGAAAGAUUAUUCAUGGUUUAACUGAAAAGCUAGGACUGGCGAACGAGUUAACAGUGAAUAAUUCUUUAGUGGAUAUGUAUUGCAAAGUUGGGUACUUUGCUGAUGCCAAAAUUCUGUUUGAGAAAAAUGAGAGCAAAAAUGUGGUCUCUUGGAAUUCAAUUAUCGGGGGUUAUUCAGGAGAAGGAGAUGUUAGAGGAACAUUUCAUCUUAUGAGAAGGAUGCAAAGUGCCAGUGAAUAUGUGAAGGCAAAUGAGGUCACUCUAUUGAAUGUUUUGCCUGUGUGCUUAACAGAAUCAGAGCAGUUGAUAGUGAAAGAACUGCAUGGCUACUCGCUUAGAAAUGGUCUUGAAUACCAUGAGUUAUUAACAAAUGCUUUUAUAGCCGCCUAUGCAAAGUGUGGAUUGCUCAGAUAUGCUGAGCUUGUAUUCUGUGGAGUGGAAAAUAAGACAGUAAGCUCUUGGAAUGCACUGAUAAGUGGCUAUGCUCAGAGCGAGGAUCCAUCCAAAGCUUUGACUCUGUCCUCUGAAAUUAUGGGUUCUGGUUUGCUUCCUGACUGGUUCACUAUUGGUAGCCUUCUUUUUGCUUGUUCCCGUUUAAAACAGCUACUGUGUGGUACACAAAUUCAUGGUUUUGUGCUUAGAAAUGGUCUAGAAACAGAUAUGUCUACAGGGGUUUCCCUAGUUUCAUUUUACAUGAAUUGUGGAAAACCUGAACUGGCACAACAUCUAUUUGACAGGAUAGAAGAUAAAAAUAUUGUAUCCUGGAAUGUGAUGAUAGCUGGUUACUUGCAGAAUGCACUACCAGAUAAAGCCUUGUUUUUGUUUCGUGAUAUGGUAUCUCUUAGAUUCCAACCUGAAGAAAUUUCUGUUACAAGUGUAUUGGGGGCUUGUUCAGCAUUGUCUGCUAUCAGGCUGGGGAAAGAAGUUCAUUGCUUUGCACUAAAAACUCACCUUAUAGAGGAUACUUUUGUCCAUUGCUCAAUCAUAGACAUGUAUGCAAAAACUGGAUUUAUAGGAAUGUCCAAGUAUGUUUUUGACCAUAUUCUGCUCAAAGAUAUAGCAUCAUGGACGGCUAUGAUUACAGGAUAUGCAGUUCAUGGACUUGGAAUGGAGGCCAUCAAGCUAUUUCAGGAAAUGCAAAAAUCGGGCUUCACGCCUACGAGCUUGACAUACGUCUCUAUUUUAAUGGCAUGUAACCAUGCCGGGCUCAUUGAAGAAGGUCGACAAUAUGUUAGAGAGAUGCAGGUCCAUGGUCUAAAACCUGAAUUGGAACAUUAUGCAUGUGUAAUUGACAUGCUGGGUCGUGCUGGACAGUUUGAUGAUGCCUUAAAUCAAAUGGCUGAGAUGCCUAUGCAGCCAGAUACUCAAAUUUGGAGCUCGUUGCUCAGUUCAUGUACGGUUCAUGUCCAAUUGAAUCUUGGGAAGAAAUGUGCUGAGAAGUUGCUGGAAUUAGAGCCAAAAAGAGCAGAAAUAUAUGUUUUGGUGUCCAACUUUUUUGCUAAAUAUGGGGAUUGGGAUUCUGUUAGACAAUUGAGGCAAAAGAUGAAGGAGUUGGGCUUGCAAAAAGAAAUUGGUUGCAGUCGGAUUGAAAUAGGAGGAAAAAGCUAUAACUUCGCUGUUGGCAAUAUGCUAUCCAAACCGUAA